ACCAAUCAGCGCGCUCCUGAAGUUUGAAGAAAUAGCGGUUGUCUGACUAUUUGAUGGACGAAGUCAAAUGGUUCUAAGUCGUUAAUGUCCGUUUCUAGCUGAUUUUCGCUUUAUAUCAUGGCGUCAUUUAAACCGCGAAUUCUAAAGACCUAUGGUAAACAGAAGCGGAAGGUUUCCGCUUGGCUUUCCCCCGAGGACCGAAGGAAAUUUUUCGACAGCACCCCGUCGUCCGAAGACAUAUCCGUGUUUCAGGCCGCAGAGCCGAGCAAGCCACGGGAAAAGUGCACAAAAGUUGGCAGGCGAAGACCACAAGGUUCCACCAGGAAAACAACAACCAUGCAGAGUCUGAUUGAGAAGAUCUGUGAUGAGGAAUAUCUGAGUGAUGCCGAAAACUGUGUCCCCUCUCCUCUCGGCCCUCUGCAAAGCAAGAAAAAAGGAGGAAAGAAUAGAAGUUUGGCCAGAAGAAAGCAGAGAGCGGUUCUGUGUCCUGUAGAGACCCGCAGCAACGAGGAUAACUGCAUGAGACAGCUCUCAUCAACAAAAAAGCGUAAAGCCAGGAUAAGCCGUCAAGCGUCUGCAUCUGUUUCCACAAGGCGGAGAGGUAACACCAGUGAGAGUGAGGAAGAAACUGCUACAACCAAAUUACAAAAAGUACAAGAAAAAUCUACAGUCGAAUCCAAUGUUUGCCUUCGCUCCGCUGGCCGCUAUGUGACCCGCCGGAGACGUGGAGCUACCACCAAACCCCCUGAUGCAAUAGUCGGUUUACUCAACUCCUCAGAUGACUUCACUUCUGGCCCGUUUGGUUCCAGCAUGUAUCAGAAGCCAACCAGGAGGAAGAGAGCCCCUCCAGUCUUCAAGUUGUCAAGUGAUGAAAGCUCAGUAAACCCUGGGAGGACCAACAACCUUUUCAGGGAGAUCUCCCUCAAUGAGUUAGCUGAACACAGCCUGGGGCCAGUUCAAAGCAGACCUAUCUUCUGCUCCACGCCCUCAGCGCCCACCUUCAACCAGCAAAGAUGCCCAAAACUCCGCAGGCAGGUUGUGUCUCCUCUAUCUGAACUGGGCAGCUCCAUCAGGACACCGAGCGCUCUGCAGAAAGACCAGGAUUCACUGCCAAAGCUAGAAUCUCCUCACGUGGAGCAGAAAGAAUCGAGUCUGCAUCAAAAUGAAGAGAUGUCUUUGGACUUAUUUGAUGAGUCAGACAGAGGAGUUGGCAGCGCCUAUGACAAACCCCGCAGCGUAGACACGGAGGGUCGGAAAUCAUCAGAUUUAAAUCUGCUCUGCACAGUUCAGAUUAAGAGGGUAAACAGCUCUCAUAUGCCUCAGCUUAGCAGUCAGACAACCUACUUAUCCUGUUUGGAGUCAUCUGUUUCAGAGAAUAAACAAGCGAUCACACCCAGAGAAUGGACUUCCGCCGUUGGAUUUUAUCCAGAACAAUCUGCUGGUCGAGGUGUCAUGGCUACGGAAAAAACUGGCAAUUAUGCGCCUUCUGUUAGAAAUCUAGCUGCGUCUGCUUCAGCGAGCCACGGUCACAUGACUCCUGAAUCGCCAGAACUCUUCAGCAGGGAAGCAAACAUGGAGCACUCUGAAUCUUUGAUUUAUGUGGACGACACUCAAGACAGCGACGAGAAGAUAGCGGAAAGGCAGUUAUCAGCUAGUAGUGCAGUGGCAACGCAGUUAACUGAUGGAGAGAGCGAAACAGAAAAGCGCUUAAAAAGCAAAUGUAUAAAGAAAUGCUUGGUUCUGGUGAAGAGUCUUGUGAUCUGUUCUGCUAACCCACAUGAACAAACAGAAGGGGCGGUUCUUCUCUCAGAGUCUGAAAACCUUCCAGAAGCUAAAGCGGAGUUGCAUACUUUAGAGGAGGUUGCUGCACUGGCAACGGAGCUGAAGGAGAAAGCUUUGACCUCCAGAGCUGUUAUUAAAGUAAAAAAACUAACCCGGUCAGAGUUGACAGAUAUUCUGCUGCCAAAAGGAGACGCAAAUAAAUCCUCAACCACUGUGUCGGACUCAUCCAACGAUAACCGCAGGAAGACCUGUUCUCCCUCUGACAGCAAGUGCAGUGAAGACACUGCAUCUUUGAAAGUUGCCUCAGAAAGCAGCAGCUCUGACAAAGAAGUAGAAAAAGUCACCAAGUCUUUCCCCAAGAGAGAUAAGAAGUGUCUGGUUCCCAAAGAGAAGAGGCGGAGGAGCCCGUCAGCGGACAGUAGUGGGACGACAAGGAAGGCGUGCGUGAGCGGACUGAGCGUGAGCCGCUGGAAGAACAAAGGAGGUGCCAGCACGCUGGCGUCCAGGAACAAGCAGGGGAGGGCGUUCAGUGCAGCCGUGGACAACAGCAUCAACGAGCUGAUCUCGAAGCAUCGCAACCAUUCCAAUGACUAUCUUGGAGCUGCGAUUAAUUUCUCCACUCCACUGAGGACAAGUCGGCUCAACCUAUCAUCCCUGCUGGCUGAUCUAACACCCAGAACGCACACCUGGAGCCGGCUCAAAGCUGCCCUCUCUGUGCAUCGCAAGGGCAUCUUACAACUCACUCCGAGUCAUUUGGAUAAGUCGGUGACUUGCACUCCCAGAAGAUUUGGUUUAUCAGACGUCAGACAGGGCCUGCUUUCCUCUCCAGGAUGUUCUCCUCUCCUCAGAUGCCUGAAGUCCCAGCUGGGGAGCCCACAUUCCCUGGCUGUUGGUGAAGAUUUUGAUCUGACAGAUGCACAAAAGGUGUACGCAGAGUGUGGCCAGUCAGGUCCUUUGCCAUGGGAAGAGUGCAUUCUCCCCAGUCGUAUGAAACGGUGUGUGAAGAUCGGAGAGGGAACUUUUGGGGAGGUGUUCUCUACCACCAAUGCUGCAGGAGACAUGGUGGCACUUAAAAUUAUUCCAGUAGAGGGCAGUGAGAAGGUGAAUGGAGAGGACCAGAAGACCUUUGGAGAAAUUCUCCAUGAGAUCAUUAUCUCCAAGGAGCUUAGCAGCCUGAAAGAGAAGCAGCAGAACCAGACUCAUGGCUUUAUUGGACUUAAUGAUCUUCACUGCGUUCAAGGCUGCUAUCCACUGGAUUUCCUGAGAGCAUGGGAUGGAUUUGACCAGCUAAAAGGAUCUGAGAAUGACCGACCCGAUUUCUUUGAGAAAGACCAGUUAUUCAUAAUCCUUGAGUUCGAGUUUGGAGGAACUGACUUGGAGAACAGCAAUGGAACAUUGGCGUCCCUGGCGGUGGCGAAGAGCGUCCUACAUCAGGUCACUGCUGCUUUGGCUGUUGCAGAGCAGGAGCUGCAUUUCGAACACAGGGACCUCCACUGGGGAAAUGUGCUGGUGAAAACAACCAGAGAGAAGAUGGGGAGCUUUUUCCUCAAUGGAACCUCCCACAGCUUGGAGACCAAAGGGGUGCUGGUCCGCAUCAUCGACUAUUCCCUCUCUAGGCUAGAAAUUGAUGAUCUGACCGUGUCCUGUGACAUCUCAGACGAUGAGGAGCUCUUCAUGGGGCAGGGGGACUACCAGUUCGAAAUCUACAGGCUGAUGAGAGCAGAAAAUGGAAACGAGUGGAGCAGCUACCACCCUCACACCAACGUGCUGUGGCUGCACUACCUGUGCUCCAAACUGCUUUCCAUGAAGUACAAAACUGCAAGAGGGAAGGGCAUCAAGACUGUACGAGAGGAACUGAAACAUUUCUCUGAAAGCGUCCUGAUGUACACCUCGGCCACAGACGUCCUGCAGAACUGUCCCAUUUUUCAGUAGUGUUCCGAUAAUAACUCUUUAUUGGAAAAUCUUUUCACUAAUUCCUACAUUGUGUUAAAUAAAAAUAAGCCUGAUCAGUU